AUGCAAUCGGUUUAUAUGACACCUCAAGGUUCUACCUGUAAUUUAUUAAUUAAUGCAAUUAAACAAGCUGCUAUAACCAAUAAUUUGGAUUAUAAUUAUCGAACAGAUGAAAUGACUACAACUUCCCCAACCACAACACCUUAUGCUACAACUCCAUCAACUCCUUUUGGUCCUUUUAGGCAAACAUUAGAUCUUAGUAAUGUUUCUGAUCAAUAUCUUAAUAUACCUAAACCUUCUGUUAAUAGAAAUUCUAUAAGUGCUGCGGCUGUAACGGCAAAAAUAAGAGAGUAUGAAUCAUUAAUAAGGAAAGCCUCCUUAGAUCCAAUAAUUACAGAACUUCAAAAAUACUUUAAAGCUAAGGAAUUCCAAAAGGAUGAAAUUACAGAAGUAAAAAAUUAUAGUGAUCAAAUUGUAGAUUCUCAAAAGCAUGAUGAUACAACAACAAUUGAAUUUUCAACAACAAUAGAAUCUCCAACAACCAUAGAUUCUUUAACUACCACAACAACAAUAGAAUCCCCUGAAACUCCAAAAAAAUAUAAUCAUACUGUUGAAUUAUCUUCAGGUUCAAAUACUUUUGUGGCAGAUUCUUAUGAUCAUAUAGAUGUUGACUCUAUUACAACUUCUGCAAAUUCUGCAAAUUCUCCAAUAGAAUUGGUAGAUAAAAAGAAUAAUUUUUUGAAAAAGGCAACAGAUGAUAUAACUGUUUUGGAUUUUAAACCUGAAAAAUGGUUCACUUCUUUAGAAUCUAAUACGGAUGAUUUCAUUAAGAAAGAUCGAUUAAGUUUAACAUUAAAUAUUGGUUCCGAUCAAGAGAAUAGUUCAACAAGAACAAGAGAUAUUGUGGAAGAAGAAGGAAUUAGGAGUACUUCAAGAAUUUCAAGAAUUUCGAAAUAUUCUAAAUUUUCUUAUGUAACGAGAGGUGAUACCACUUCUAAAAGUGAUAGCACAACAGAAGUAGAUGGAGUAGAUUCACCUAUCUCUCCAGUAUCACCAAUAUCUCCAAUAUCUUCUAGAAGAAUUUCUAUGAAAGAUGCGGUUAUAUUUUCACCGGUAUCCUCAAAAAGAGUAUCAAAAGAUUCUUAUGUGAUCAGGGAUCAAGAAAUAACGAUAGAUUUAAAUUCUCCAGGUGAAGAUAUUUCCUGGAUUAUUACAUCUUUUAGUCUGGCAAGCACCAUAAUACAACCAUUCUAUGGAAAAUUUUUUGAUAUUUUUGGAAAGAGAAAGAUAUUUUUGAUGGCCAUUUUUAUCUUUGGGUUGGGUUCUGUAUUAUGUGGUGCCGCACAAAAUAUUCAAUGGUUAAUAGGUGCUAGAGCUUUAGCAGGAUUAGGUAGUGGAAUUAUAGUAACCAUGACAUUUAAUAUAAUUUCUGAUAUUAUUCCAGUCAGUCAACGUGGUCCAUUUAAUAAUUUACUUUUCGCAUCUUUUGCUUUGGGUUUAAUUCUUGGUCCUAUUUAUGGUGGAUUAUUUAUUGAUUACAUUUCUUGGAGAUGGUCAUUUUAUUUAAAUGGUCCAUUGUCAAUUGCUUCAAUUUUGGUUUUAUGGUUUAUCCUUAAAUUUCCAGUUCCCAGUGGUUCGAAAUCUAUUAAAUUAAAACAUGUAGAUUGGUUAGGAAUUUUCUUGCUGGUAUCAGGAUUUUUACUUCUUAUUAUUCCAUUAAAUUUAGGAGGGAACAAAUUUGCUUGGUUCAGUAUUCCAAUAAUUAUCAUGCUUAGCUCUGGUUUAUUGAUAUUAAUAACAUUUGUUAUAUUAGAAUUACGAUCUGCUUCGGAUCCAAUUAUUCCAGGAUUUCUAUUUUCUGAUUCUUGUUUAAGAGCAAUUUUUGGUAUAUUUUUCUUUACAGGAUGGAUUCAAGUAGUUAUUUGUUAUUUCAUUCCUAUAUAUUUUCAAUACGUACAAAAAUUUUCACCAAUUACAUCCGCUAUAUUCCUUUUACCUUUAGUAACUAGUAUAGCUUUAUCUUCAGGAUUUGGUAAUGAAUUAGUAAUUCGUUUUGGUAAUUAUAGAUGGCUUAUAUAUUGUGGAUCAAUAGAACUUAUUAUAGGUUGCGCAUUAUUAACAACUUAUAAAGUUAAUACGGAAGAAACUUUACAAAUUAUUUCUUUAAUGAUAAUUGGAUUUGGAAUUGGAUCACUUUCAAUCAUUUUAUUGAAACCAGCUCAAGCAUCAGUAAAAGAACGAGAAAGAAUUACUGUAAUAAGAUUAUGUAAUUUUUUCCGUGGAAGUGGCUGGACGAUUGGCAUGGCAAUUUCUAGUGCUUUAUUUAAUAACAAAAUAAUAACGGACAUUUCAAACAUUCCAAAUUUUCCAAUAACGAAUUCAUUAAAUGAUAUAUUAUUAUCAGAGAACAUUAAAAAACUUUCACAAAGUGAUCAGAAUCUUAUUCUGACAUCUAUUAAUAAUUCGAUUACAAGGAAUUUCGAAGUUUGCAUAUUUAUAACAACAAUUGUAUUAGUAUUUUCAUUAUUUGUUAAACAUUAUAAAUUAAAUAAAUUAGGGGGGCUUGCAUUAACUGGUAUUACUAAUGUAGAUGUUAAAAUAUUGAAUGAAAAAAUUUAA